AUUCUGAGUCAAUGUUUUCCUGUUUUUGUGCAGUCUCACACAAUUCUGCUUGUUCAGCCUACCAAGAGGCCAGAAGGCAGAACAUAUGCUGAUUAUGAAUCGGUGAAUGAGUGCAUGGAAGGGGUCUGUAAAAUGUAUGAAGAGCAUCUGAAGAGAAUGAAUCCCAACAGCCCAUCUAUUACAUAUGACAUCAGCCAAUUGUUUGACUUCAUUGAUGAUCUGGCAGACCUCAGCUGUCUUGUGUACCGCGCUGACACUCAGACAUAUCAACCCUACAAUAAAGACUGGAUAAAGGAGAAGAUCUACGUCCUCCUCCGCAGGGCUGUUGAUACCUGCUUCACACAUUGACUGUAUGUGCCCUUCUCUGGCGUUUCCAGCAUUAUUGGUUACAUCCUUGAGAGCGAGUCUUAGUAGAGAAUGAAAUAAAUAUCCUUUAGUUAAA